GGAAAACUGAAAAGGAUAAAUCUGCUUGGAAUUGUGUGGAACCAAAAAACUUAAUGAUAGCUUUAUUUUUGCAUUUGAGCCAGUGAAUAUAUACUUGCCAAGAAACAUUGACUUAUCAGUAUUACAACAUUAUUUUUUUUUUUCACUGAAUUAUUUUUUCUUGCCAUUGAAAACAAGAUACUCAAUAUAAUUGAGUAAUUAUUUUUAUAUAUAAGAAAGCUGUGGAUUUUAUCCAUGUGUGUUGGUGUUCAGCACUGCUGAAUGUGAACCUGAAUUUGAACACUACAGAAAUAUUGAGUUAACAACUUCUGACCAUGGAUACACAUCUAUUAGACUGUGACUGUACAUCGAAAUGUCGAUCCAAACAACACGCAUCAGACUUACUGACCCUGGUCACUAGGGGCAACCUGUCUCAAAUCCAGGCAUAUUUCAACCACUGUUACAACAGCUGUACCAUCACCGAUGAAUUUGGUAGAAAUGUACUGCACAUGGCUGCAUCAUGUCGCAAAUGGGAAGUAGUGGAUUGGCUGUUGACGGAGAAGAAAAUCAACCACCAAGUGAAAGAUAUUGAGUCUGGCUGGACUGCCUUACAUCGAAGUAUUUUCUAUGGUCAAAUAACCAACUUAUGGAUUUUGACAUUACAGCAUGGUGCUAGUCUGACAAGCCAAGACAAAGAAGCACUGACACCACUAGAUAUUAUUAGGCUAGACAGGCCAGCAUAUGUGGAGUUUCAACCCACUGGUCCAACUGAUGUGUACACCUGGGGGACAAAUGCUAAUUUUACUUUGGGGCAUAGUAACCAGCAAAGUCGCAAACAUCCUGAUCUGGUAGAAGAAUUUGCAAAGAAAAGUAUAAGUAUCAAACAGGUCGUGGUAUGUAAGUACCACUCUGUGUUCCUAUCUCAUAAUGGUCAAGUCUAUACAUGUGGACAUGGUCAGGGUGGCCGACUAGGACACGGCAAUGAGCAAACAUACCUAACUCCUAGAAGUCUUGACACCAUGGCUGAUAUCAAGUGUACACAAAUUGCUGCUGCCAGAGACCACACUGUUAUGCUGGCUGAAGGGGGUGUGGUCUACACAUGUGGUUUGAAUUCCUGCCACCAGCUGGGACAGCCACAACUGGGAUCAAAGUACACUACACCAAAACCGAUACUGACCAAGUUAUUGAAAGGCAAAGUUAUUACCGGCAUAGAGGCAUGUAGGUUUCAUACUGUGUUAUAUUGUUCUGAUACUGUCUUCACAUUUGGACUCAAUGCAGGACAAUUAGGUUUCCCUAAAGGAGAGCAAUAUAUCCAAUAUCCUAAGAAAGUUUCCUCCCUUGAUCACAAGGAGACUGUGAUAUCACAUGUAGCUGCUAGUGCCGCUGUCACUGUGUGUUCUACUGUCAAAGGAGACAUCUAUAUACUACAUGGGUAUCAAUGCAGGAAGAUAGCCACUAAGCAAAUCAAUGUUAUAAAGUUGGUUGCACAUGGUGGAAACUUAGAUAAUGAUGUAGAUAAAGAUUUAUUACAAAGGGAGAAAGGAGAUGAACUUACUGUGUUAGUAUUAACUGCUUCUGGAAAGGUUUUUUGCUGGAAACGUUCUGAUAAAAGUGUUUUGAAAAGAUGCUGUUGGAACUACAGUCGUCAGAUCUUCAUGUCAGACAUGGCCAUCAGUAAACAACACAUGGCAUUUAUAACACCACAUGGUGAGGCAUUCAUGGCAUGCUUCAGUAAGAAGAAAACCAAGACAUCACCUGCUUCAAGUUUACUUGCAAGGAGUCCAUCGGUAGAAGCAUUCACUUUGUCAGCUGAGGUAGAGUUAUUGGAGAAGGAGGAGAUAGAGGAAAUCUCUCUGCAGAGGUUGGCACUUGUUAACAGAGCUGUCAGAAUCACAUCUGAUCCUUCCGGGCAGAAUUUUGCUGUUUUACAGUCGGAUCCCAAAACCAGUUUGGUUGAUGUGCCUAGUGUUAGUGACUCUGGUAUUGGUAAACAACUGAAAACAUUUCUUGAAGAAACCAACAGUCUUGAUAAUAUUCAUGAUGUUAUCCUUAAAGUACAGGGUCAUGAAAUUCCUGCUCACAAAUACAUUCUAGCUUCUCGCUGCGAGUACUUCCGAAAGAUUCUGUCUUCACAGAAAUCUGAAGGUAAAAAGUAUAAGGUUGAUUCAUCUUCUGGUCGUUCUGUGCAAGUGAUUGAGGUGGAGAAGACUAACUAUGAGAUGUUUCAGAUGCUAGUGCAGUAUAUAUACACUGAACAUUGUGAAAUGCUUAAUCCAGGAUAUAAGAUCAAAUCUAGCAAGAAAUCUGGAUGGGAAACCGUAGAUUCAGGAAUUGAUUUUGAUCUGGAUGCUGAUUUUGAAGAGUUAGACAUAUGCGAUAUUGAUGGCAGGGAAUCUGCUUUUGAGAUUCACAAGGGACAGAAGAAGAAAACACGGAAGGAGAAUAAGAAGUCUGGAAAGAGGAGGAAUAAGUCUUUGAAUGAAGAAGAUGAGAAUGAUAAAAAGGUUAUCAGUGGCCCAGUUAAGAACUUGCAAAGUUUAGCUAAGAAGUUUGGAGUUCCAGGACUUGCUAAUAGACUUGACAGUGCCAAGUGCUCUAAAGGUGUCAUAUAUGGUAUAAAGAAACCAAAUAAAAAAUUGAGAUUUGAAAGAAAUAAGCACAGACACCUGUGUGAUGUUAGCAUACAGACUGAUGAUGGUGAAGCUUUACAGUGUCAUAAAUGUGUGUUGGUGGCAAGGUUGGAAUACUUUCGUAGUAUGUUAGGCAGUGGAUGGUUUGAGAAUGAGUUCUGUAGAUAUUGA